AUGUCACUCGUCGGCCUGGCCGUGCUUGUUGUCUACACCCUCGUGACCUGCUAUCGCAAUUACCACAAAUGCCCUCAAUUCGACGGCCCGUUUCUGGCCAAAAUCUCCGGCGCCUGGCUUCUCUACCACACCUUCUCCGGCAAACUGAAUCUGCACAAUGGAGCUUUACUCCGGAAAUACGGUUCCUUUGCGCGCAUUUCUCCCGACAAGGUCGUCACCAAUGACCCCGUCGUCCUCCGGCACAUGAGCUCGCCUCGCUCCGAGUUCCGUCGCGGCACCUUCUACGAUGCAUUCUCCAUCCAGCCGCCGCUCAGGAACGUGCUCUCGCAGAAGGAUGAGAAAUUGCACAACAGCUUGCGCUCCAAGCUGAUCCGCGGUUACUCCGGCAAAGACCUGCCCAAUCUCGAAGCGGACAUCGAUGCACGCAUUGUCGACCUCGUCAACCUCAUCCAGACCGAAUCUUCCAACAACAAACUGAUCGAUUUCAGUGCUUCCGCCCAGUACUUCACUCUUGAUGUCGUCACGCACAUUUCCUUCUCCGCCCCGGUCGGCUAUCUCAGACAGAACCGAGAUGUGUACUCGUACAUCAGCAAAGUCUCGGACUACCUGCAAGUCCUGGAACUGGGCGCCAACUCACCCACCAUCCAACGAAUCCUCGAUAGCGGGCUCAUGGCCCCGUUCAGGCCCAAGACCACCGACACCGACGGCAUGGGCGCGAUGAUGGGGAUGGCUUCCAAGGCCGUCGCGUUCCACUAUGCCCCAGACGCCAAGGCCUAUCCGGACAUGUUGGGGUCGUUCAUCAAGCACGGCCUGACCCAGCAAGAGGCCGAGUCCGAAGCGAUGGUGCAGGUGUUGGGGGGAAGUGACUCGACCGCCACCGCCAUCCGCAUGAUCAUGCUGUACAUCAUCACCCACCCGGACGUGUACGCGAAAUGUGUGCAGGAGAUCGAAGCAAACGAGCACGUCUUCACCGCUUCCCAUUCCAUCACGUCCGCCGAUUCUCGCAAGCACCUACCCUACGUCCAGGCGUGUAUCAAGGAAGGCAUGCGCAUCUGGCCACCGCUGCAGGCGCUCAACUCCAAACUCAGCCCUCCCGGCGGAGAGACUGUCAAUGCCGUCUUCAUCCCGGGUGGCAUUGAAGUCUGCCACAACGCCUACACGACACAACGGCGCGUCGAGAUCUACGGCGCAGACGCAGAGUAUUUCCGACCCGAACGCUGGUUGGAGGCUGCCGCCGAAGCGGGCAAGCCUGAAGCCGACGGCAAGACCCGGCUGGCUAGGAUGGAGUCUACGCUAGAACUGAUCUUCGGCAGCGGACGUUUUGGCUGCCUCGGUAGACAUAUUGCCUUGAUCGAGCUGGACAAGGUGAUUCCUGUGCUGCUGCGCAAUUUCCAAUGGGCCGUCGCCGACCCCAGCAGAGCCAUCGAGAGUAAAUGCUAUGGAGUCUUUGUGCAGAAGGGCAUGUGGUUGAAGGCGACGCCGAGGACAGAAUACUGA